CCUCAUUCAAGUGUCACGGUUGAUUUAACAGGUUUGACCUACAUUUAUAGCGCAUAUUUAAAAGAAUUUAGUCUCGUCUAAAUCAGUGAAGUGAAAACAGUCUACAGAUAAUUUUAAACAUUAUCAAGUCUACAAACAAUGCAUCCAGAAUCAUUAUGCAUAUUGUUCCUACUUCUAACCUACUGUUGGGCCUAUCCUUCAUACCAAGAUCAGAUCCCCAACGGUAAAAAUGUAAUGCACCCCUGUAUACCUAACUACACAUGGCCAGGUGUCGGACAUCAGAACAAAAAUGGAGGCGGUGCAAGAAAUCCAUUCGGUGAAGCUUUUGCCCGCGAAGGUCAUCAGUGGACUAAAGCUUUGUGUGCUACAGACACGGACGGUGAUGGAAGAACUAACGGUGAGGAACUCGGUGACCCGUCAUGUGUCUGGGCUCCUGGUAAAACUCCAUCACGCACAAUGAACAUCACACACCCAGGGGUGUGUGAACCAAUAACGUCAACUAAAUGUCAAGGACAGAAUAGUUUUGUAACAUGCCAAGCAGACAGUUUUGAUGAUAACUGUGAAAUCAUUAAAAAUACAGAUGUGAAAUACGUCGACCUCAGGAUGCCAACCAUCUCAAUCCCAGCAGUCGAUACAACCUACAUGUGUCUGUCCUUCAAUCUGCCUAAAGACCAGGACUACCACAUCGUAGCAGACAAACCAAUCAUCAACAACACCAACGUAGUACAUCACAUGAUGCUGUACGGCUGUGACGAUGCCAAUACCGAAUUUUUCUCUACCCCAACUGAAUGUGAAAUGAGUAAAUGCACCGCCAUCAUAGGCGGAUGGACUGUGGGUGAAACUGGAGAGUGCUACGAUGAAGGAGUUGGCUUUAGAAUCGGCGUGACUGGUUUCAAGACAGCAGUACUGGAGAUACACUACAACAAUCCAAAACUAGUGUCCACUUAUAAAGACUCCAGUGGUCUACGUGUCUACUACCGUCCAGCCAGACCUGAGGUCCUUGACAUGUUUACAAUGAUGACUGGACAGACUAUGUUACCUCUACCACCAGGUCAGUCCAAGAUUCAGAAGGUUGGUGUCUGUACCAGCUCCUGUACGUCCUUGCUGUUCAAAGAAACUGUCUACGUCAAUAGCGCCACCAAUCAUAUGCAUUUAUUAGGCUCUUCAAUGAGGAUUGAACUCUUAAGAAAUGGUGUUGUCAUUACCAAUUUGACAAACGAGGAAGACUUUGAUUAUAAUACACCAUUUACACAAGAUUACGAGGUGCCCGUGAAAGUUUUACCAGGAGAUGAGAUAGUCACGAGGUGUGUCUACAACACGGAGUCCUCCAAUGAUUACGUCUACUACGGCGAUGCUACCUCGGAUGAAAUGUGCUACGGCUACCUGACGAUGUAUCCCAAGAGUGCUCUUAGAUCGGCACAACAAAACUGUGUGGCGACCUCGACCUUGUCGGCUUGUGAACUGGCACAAGGUGUUACUUACAAUGGCUGUGACUGGAAGACUCUUAUUAGACCAAACAACGCAGACGUGAAGAAAAUCAAAAAUGACUUGUACGAGAACUGUGACUUAGGAGAAACAUGCAGCCAAGAAUGUCAAGACGUCAUUAGGACUCUAACCGAUCCAUGCUUUCAAGAAGAUAAUAUCAUAUUUGUCAGGAGUUUAGAGGCUAUCACCGAAGACGUGUUUGAGAUAAUACAACAUCUGCAGUGGUGUCCUGUCACCACGACUCACAACGGCCCGAGUCACAACGCUGUGGUCUAUGACGACAGCAACACAAACUACAGCGGGGUGACAAGUGUCUCUAUCAGCUCCAAACAUAUGGCUCUGUUGAUUGGUUCUGUUUUUACUUUAAAAUACUCCCUAUUUUGAAUGUGCUCUGUUGAUUGGUUCUGUUUUUACUUUAAUAUACUCCCUAUUUUGAAUGUGUAAGAUGUAAUCUUGCAAUACGUUUAAAGGUCUACAUCUACAUUAAUAGAACAGCAAGUAGAUCUCGAUAGAACCAAGUCAUAAUUGAGGGAAUAACUUUUUAUAAAAUUAUGAUGUUACACCUAUUCACACUGUUAUAAUAAGAAUCAAUAAAGCUUGUUUACUCUA